AUGGUUUUGAGCUAUAGUCAAUUUAGUUUGAAGAGGAAAUCGAUGAUAGUCAGCCAGGAAAUGUCAAAUUCUACUGUCAGAUAUGCAACAGUAUCAAAUUUUAUCUCGAAAUAUGCAUCCACUUGUAUCGACAACAACUUCCCCAUGACCAACAGUCAUUAUUCUGAUUAUUUGUGGUUUUAUAAAAUAAAUUUAAAUAAAAUUCAACAUUUUAAUUUAAAGGAAGCAUUUCCAUCUGACGUCUCUGUUUUCAUACAUUCGUAUUUUGAAAUUAUUAGCCACGAGAAUUCAAAUUAA